ACCAAAACACGUUGAGUCGAAUAAACAAAAGGUCGACCUUUGUCGACAUUCGUCCUAGUUAUUUUUAUCUAAUUCCGUAUGAAUUUUUUUCACAUUAUAUGCCCUUAUAUAGGUCUCACAGAUCAAGACAAAGGUAAAUGUGAAAGAAUUUCCAAAUAUGAAGCUGACUGUGAAGUCGUCACUGCCAGACUUCCAAAAACGGAUGAAGGCUGAGUUGACAAAUCAUAUGGAAAUCAUAGAAGAGUUCAGGAGAAAUUCUCCCUUUGGUGCUUUCUUGGAUAUCCAACGCGUUCCCCCUCCAACCAUGUUAUGGCAGUUCAUGAGUGUAAGGAGCAUUCUUCUUCUAGAUGGAAGUGAAAUACAUGCUCCUUGGAUUACCAGUUUGACCUCCUUGGCAUGUGUUGCCAACUCAACACUUGGAGCUUUGGUUAGGGAACACCAAAGUGGUGACAAGCCCGUUCAGAUAUGCGUGCGAAAAGAUGCACCAUCAGAAAGUGAAGAUGAAGAUGCUACAAGAAAGACUUUGACAUCAGAAGAAGUUGUUCAUUCUGCUAGCCAUGAGGAUGACGAGGGGAAGGUAGAUGGUGAUGAUGACAAGGAAGAAAUGAAGGAAGAAGAUGAUGACAAAGAGCAAGAAGGAGUGAAGGAAGAUCAUGAUGACGAGGGAAUGAAGGAAGAAAAAGAUGAGUUUGGAGAGAAAAAAUUCGACCCAUCAGGAGUAUCUGAGGAAGAAGUUUUGGAGGAAGAAGCAAUGGAUGCGAGUCCACUGAAUAUAAGGUCGACCGUGGAUCAGGAAGUUUUGGGGGAAGAAAAAAUGGUUGUGAGUCAACUGAAUCUACUGAAUGUAAGGUUGAUGUGGAUCAGGAGGAGGAGGAGCCACGACAUUGGCGACCCACUGGUGAUAAAGGUGGAGAUCAAUAAUGUGGUCGUCCAUUGCACGUUGGUCGAUACUGGCAGCUCGGUCAAUAUCAUGUACAACAAUACUUUCAAGGAAUUGGGGCUAUCCCGGGGUGACCUUAAACCGAUCCGUACCCCGUUGUCAGGGUUCACGGGGGACACCAUAGAAGCAGAAGGAACCAUCACGGUGAGGGCUAGGGUAGGAGAUGGCACCCACCGGCUCUGGCUCGACAUGGAAUUUAUGGGUGACCAAGAGCCAAACACGGUCGAUGAGAACGUCAGCACGAUCUGUGCCGCGAUACAGAAGGAGGAAGGACGACCCAGAGCAGAGCCGGUGGAGGAGGUAGAGGAACUUGCUCUGGACCCAGCCAAGUCGGAGCAGAAGGUGAAGGCAGGUAAGACCCUACCACCAAGGCUGAAGGAGCAGUUGAUGGGGGUCCUCCGUUCAUUCAAAGUGUUAUUCGCUUGGGGCCUAGAGGAUAUGCCUGGAGUCGACCCGCGAAUCAUCUGCCAUAGAUUAGCAGUAGAUCCGGCCCACAAGCCGGUCAAACAGAAGAAACAUUUCCUUUAAUUUCCUCAGAAAGGAGAGACUUUGUCACUAAACAAGUGACCACCCU